UACAAUAAUACAUCAGUUAAACCACAACCAUAGUGCUUGCUUGCGCGGUAUAGUCUGGUGCUGGAUAAGUGCAAUGCAUUCUGGCCGCGGCUAUGGGAUCUAUACUAGAUAUUCUUAUAUCUGUCUCUCUAUCUAUCUAUGACCAAUCCACUUUCUACUUUCCUUCCCCGAUGUCAUUGAUCACCCUCCCCUCCCACUGCGUCCACAUAAAUUCACAAUUUACCCCUCCGGUUGAUGAAUGACAAUCAAUAUCAGGCACUCAUAUGAACGAACCAGAGGUAAUAAAAAAGACAACUGACCCCAAAAAAAAAGAAAAGAAAAGAAAAGAAAAGAAACUCAGAACCAAGAAAGGAAAAGGAAAAAAAAAAAGCAUCCAUGAUGCAAAUAAACGUGCAGGCUACCUACACUGGAACGGCAAGACGACGAGUCGGUGGAAGAUCCUCUUGUACACCCGGACUGUGACUGGCCGAGCACAGUUGGGAACUACUGCAAGUGUGCAGCCUGCAUGGUUGGCUGCAUCAAUCUCUCCAACCACCUACCGGCAUCAGCGGUGUUACCUGGGCCGGGUCCCGGCUUCUUCCUACGAACCUGGACCGCAUCUACGUACAGUACUAUGUAAAUUGGAUUCCAUGGCCUACAAAGUGCUUGCGGAUGAAUUUGCUUGUCAAACAAGAACACAAAACGAGAACACAAGGCAGGCACUGACACCGACUUGCGGCCGAAGACUCGAAGAGGAUACCAUGCUGCCAAACGCACAGUGACCCUUCCCCCCUCCAAAUUCCCGACCAUCCAUUUGUGAGGGAAGGAGAGGGGGGGAAAGACACACAGGGACGGGAGCAUAUCAAUCGCCGGACCCUGUGGAGCCUGUCGCACACAUAGUGCUUGGCUCACUGGCUAAUCUCUGCUCCUCAAUGGUC